CGACUCUCAAGACUCGCAAUUGUCUAGAAAACCUAAAACCGAGACCUGAGUACCAAUCCUGAUCUGUGUGUGUAUGAGAGUGCGUGCCACAACGCAGGAGGAAGAAUUUGCAAUCCACUUGCAAUUCGUCACUGUACCAUAAUCACAGGAACUCGCAUUCCGCAUCGCGCUUGGUGCCCAGGCGGCGCUGAAUUGCCGAAAUCCGCCCACAAUUGCCAAAGUUCGUGGGUUGAAUUGGUGGUGAGAGUAGUGGUGGCGGUGGUGGUGGUGUUCGAGCAAGGAGGAGGUGCUUGGCGCGUCGCCGUCGCGUGCGUCCGACCGUCCGAUCUUGAAGCCUGCUUCGAGUGACGACGACGACGACGCAGGCUACAGUGGUAUCCAAGAGCGGGUGGCGGGUUCCUUCGUAGUGAAGGAGGUCGGAGUAGUUGGCAGAAAUCUAGGUCUGGUUCGUGUGGGGUGGAGUGUCAGAAACGGUGUAGUGCAGAGAUGCAGUAAGCGUUGGGGUUGCUUCCAAGGGUGGUUUGGAGAAUGCGUUGUGAUGCAAUGGGGAGAAGAGCGCGGGGAGAUGCGUUGAUGUGAAGUCGAAGGAGGGGGCCUCAUAAUGCGGUUACUUAGACCUCAUUCAGUUGGUGGGGUGGAGGUGUACUGUCAAGGUUUUCGAGUUGAUUGAAGUUGAGCAAGUGUGAUUGAGUAGCAUCCAGCUUGAAAUUUAACGUCUUCAGCUUUUGGGAUCACUGGGACCUCUGACUGCGGCAGGGGAAGGUUUUGGCUUAUCCUCCAUCGAAUGUAUGCGUGCAUCAGAGUAGUUCAUAGCUACAAGAAGAGUUUCAGGAGUUUUGGUAAAGCUUCGACUGAAGAUACUUUCUUCGCAUUCAGGACCUGGCGGAUAAUCUGCCAUGUGGUAACUUGAAGCGGCGAAGUGGUCUUUAGUGGAUAGAUGUCAGGUCAAAUAGCGAAUAAGUUCAUGCCUGGACUUGGAAACAUGGAGGUUCUUUAGUUAUCAAACCUCAGAUACAACCUUUAGUUUCACCCAGAGCUGAACAAUCAGAGGCGUUGAUUUGAGUGGAACCUUUCAAGAACAUGCCCGAGAUUUGGAGAAAAGUCAUUCAUGAUGAAGGCCGUAGUUUGUUUUCUGUGAGUAUGGGAUUGUAAAAAAUAUGAGUAGGCGGUGUUUAACCCUGCAUUACACGUAUGUAUCAAGUACCAGGGGGCUUGCAUUGUCAUUAGGCUUUGCUCUCCGAAAAUGAGAACCUUAAGGAUAGCAGAUGGAUGCCGUGGGGGCAAUCAAGUUCAUGCUGUCUGUCCAGUCGAAAAAGUUGCUCCCUCUCCUGAAGAACAUAGUAAUGUAAAAGGAGAACGACUAACGUAUGAAGACUCCGUACCAUCCUCCAGCACAUCGGUGUCAAAAUUGAGUGAUCCUCCCUUAGAUCCCUACUUCAAGCCCGUAGAUUAUGUGGAUACUUUAGCUGGAAUUUACGGGCAGUUGGAGACAGCAGCUGAGGAGGAUAAAGCGACACUUUACUUUGAACAAGCGUGUGUGUUCCGUGGCCUUGGUGAGACUAAGCUUCUCCGAAGAAGCUUUCGCUCAGCUCGUCAGCAUGCUGUCACUGUCCAUGAGAAGCUUGUUUUUGCAGCGUGGUUGAAAUAUGAAAAACUUGACGAAGAGCUGAACGAUGGGAGCCCUAAUUUUUGCAGUGGUCGGAAACUGGAGUGUCUGCAGCAUGUCCUUAUUCCGGGGUUGUCUAUGGACCUUCCCUCGGAUCCGUGUGCUUGUCGAUGUCCACCUGGUGAGACCAGUUCCCAAGUAGGAGAGUACAGACCUUACAACAGCUUUGUAAACGAUAUAGUUUUUCAUUUAGGCGGAGAUGCAGUCCCUUGCAAUCGGCACAAAAUAGCUGGCCUGUCAGUGCCUUUCAAUACCAUGUUGAAUGGUGAUUUUUUAGAAGCUCGAAUGUGUGAUAUAGGGUUUUCCAAGAAUGGUAUAUCAGUGACAGGGAUGAGAGCCGUAGACCAUUUCAGUAAAACUGGCCGGCUUGCGCGACUUUCACCAGAGAUGUUGCUCGAGAUUCUGUCAUUUGCAAACAGGUUUUGUUGCGACACUUUGAAGGAUGCUUGUGAUCUAAGUCUGGCUAUCUUUGUCCGAUGUGUGGACGAUGUAAUGACAUAUUUUGACUAUGCCCUUGAAGAAAGUGCAAGAGCUGUAGUGGGAGCUUGCUUGCAAGUGUUCCUCCGUGAGCUUCCGAGUUCUCUCAAAUCAUGUCGACAAGUCAUAGAUAUGCUGUCUACUGCUGAAGGGCAGGCCAAGUUUGCGAGGGUUGGCCAUUCUUCAUUUGCCUUGUACGCCUUCUUGAGCCAAAUUAGCUUGGAGGAGAACAUGUGCUCUGAUCGCACUGUUGCGUUAUUAGAAGGACAGAGACGUUGUGCGGCCUCCCAAAGGCAGAAAGCCAUCGCCUUCCACCAGCUAGGUUGUGUCCUUUUUGCUAGGAAACAAUACAAUGAGGCCCUGGCAUAUUUUGAAGCUGCUAUGGAACAGGGUCACGUGUACUCAAUGGCUGGAGCAGCGAGGAUUAAAUGUCUUAAGGGGCAGAGGGCAGCUGCAUAUGAAGAGUGUGCAGCUGUUGUUUCUAGUUACAAACCUAGCGGGUGGAUGUUUCAGGAAAGGUCUUUGUACAGUGACGGACUGGAGAAGUUUGCAGAUUUGACCAAAGCAACCGAGCUGGAUCCAACGCUAUCAUAUCCAUACAAGUACCGCGCCGCCGCCCUUAUGGAUGAGCAAAAAGUCCAUGCUGCUAUUACUGAGAUCAACAGGAUCUUGGGAUUCAAGGUUACGUCUGAUUGCUUGGAGCUUCGGGCUUAUUUUUGCCUUGCACUUCAGGAAUACGAAGGUGCAGUGAGGGAUGUUAGGGCGUUGUUAACCCUUGAUCCAUCAUACAUGAUGUAUGCUGGCCGUGUGGGUGCCAAUCAGUUGCUUAGGUUACUGAGCCAGCAUGUGGAGCAGUGGUCCAAAGCUGACUGUUGGAUGCAGUUGUAUGACCGGUGGUCUUCCGUUGACGAUAUUGGCUCGUUAGCCGUGGUUCAUCAGAUGCUGGAAUCAGACCCAAGGAAGGGCUUACUUUUUUUCCGUCAAUCCCUUCUUCUCCUGCGGUUGAAUUGCCCUAAAGCAGCCAUGCGUAGCUUGAGGAAAGCGCGGGACAACGCAGGUAGUGAUCACGAACGGCUUGUGUACGAAGGCUGGAUUUUAUAUGAUACAGGUCACCGUGAAGAAGCUUUGCAGAAGGCAGAAGAGUCUAUUGCUUAUCAGAGGUCCUUUGAGGCAUUUUUUUUGAAAGCCUAUGCUUUAGCAGACACCAGCUUGGAUCCUUCCUCAUUCGCCAAGGUGGUGGAGUUGCUAGAGGAAGCCCUAAAAUGUCCUUCAGAUGGACUCCGCAAGGGCCAGGCAUUGAACAACCUCGGAAGUGUGUACGUAGACUGUAACGAAUUCAAACUCGCCGCCGAUUGCUAUGUAAAUGCCCUUAAAAUCCGCCAUACUCGAGCCCACCAAGGCUUGGCUCGUGUUCAUGCGUUACAAGGGGACAGAAAGGCAGCCCACGAAGAGAUGACAAGACUCAUUGAAAAAGCCCGCAACAAUGCUUCUGCAUAUGAGAAAAGGUCCGAGUACUGUGAACGUGACAUGACAAUGGCCGAUCUGAGCAUGGUCACUCAGCUGGACCCGCUGCGCACAUAUCCCUACAGAUAUCGAGCCGCAGUUUUAAUGGAUGGUCACAAGGAGCGGGAAGCAAUCAUGGAGCUUAGCAAGGCGAUUUCAUUCAAUGCCGACUUGCAACUCCUUCACCUUCGUGCUGCUUUUCACGAAUGCAACGGAGACUUCGAAGGAGCAAAACGCGAUUGUCGGGCAGCUCUAUCUGUGGAUCCUACUCACAGUGACACUUUGGAAUUGCACAGCCGGGUUACGAACCGUGAAGCGUGAGGAUUCUUGCAAUCAACUUUAUCAGGAGGACCAAACUUCUGGCCCCACGGCUAUUUCCUUGAAGCCUGGGACCAAGUUUGGUCCUCCUCGAUAUGUGUGCUCUACAUAUAUUAUUCCAGUAAAUAGCAUGUAGCCACAAUUCAUUCGAUAUGUGUGCAUUAUGAGCAAUGUGGACAGAAAUUCAUUUGAUUGCCUCUGCGGAGGCACCCGGAUAGAGUGGAAUUCUUACUCUCUCCAGUGUUUAGAUACUUGCUCCCUCAGGUAACGUCGUGUGUGUGAGUAAUGCUUUGAAGCAAACUGCUAGGAGUGUAACCUACUUCCAGCAGGUUUCAAAAUGACCAUUAUUGUAAUAUGUACCAUCGAAGCAUUUAUACGAUGUUCCUAUAAAGCGGACGCGAUUGACCAA